AUGGUGUACAAUUCGCUGGCUGAUAACCCUUGGAACCUCAAGGAAGCCAUUGACUGGUUGGUGGCCUUGAAAGGAACGGAUCCUUCGACAAACUUCAAGGCUAUGGGCGCGGCGCUUUACGAUUUCCUCGGACAACAGCCGAUUGUUACUAGAAGUGUGACAACCAUAGAAGAACUCAAACGCGUUUCUGACAGGUUCAUCGGGCAAAAGGAGCUUAAGCACCAUCGAUCCUCAAGCGUAAUGCUGGAGAGGUGCAAUGGCUCUGUCGAGAAAAACACCGGCGAGUUCGCUGACGCCAUGGGAUCCAAGCCCGAAAAGGUCGCAGACAACGUAGCUAACGUCGUCUAUGCUUGUGAGAAGUUUUUGUAUGCAUUAAGGCGUCCCGGGGAGUAUACGUCUGCUUACAGUUCAGAAGCAACGUGGGCUAGGUCCUGUUCGAACGAUCCGGAAGCUUGCGCGAAGAUCUUCGUGGGAAUCGCACCUAUGUUGUACACAGGCCUGCUCACUCUGAUGGAUGCAAGCAACGCCACGAACAGCGUAUGGUCAUGGCUUGAAGAGAGGCAGCGUGUGGUAGAUGUAUUGGCCGCCGGGGGUUACACAAAAUGGGACUGCCGCCAUGACAUGUCUUUCUUCGAUUUAUCCAAGGUGUUGAGCAGUAUUAAAAAAGAAACCUUCAUCAUGCUUUACAACAUCGCUGGAGUAUUGGCUUUCUAUUGA